AUGCCCAACGACAUCGGCCAUUACAACGAUUCCUUCAUUGGAUCCAGAUCCAGGACCAAUAUUCUCGCGCAUCAGCAGGAGAAUAUGGCGCCAAUGGGGGAUUACGUUGACAAAACCAUCCGAUUGAAGUCGGAUGUGAAAAUAAACCUAAAUGAUGUGCCGCACAGUCCAGUAGAUCAGUAUGAGAAGUACGGGAACACUGUGGAGCCCAAGAAGGUUGAGCCGGGAGGUAUGUUAUUUGGCUUUCAAAAAUAUUAUUUGAUUGGUGUCAUAAUAAUAUUUUUUUUUUAAAUGGGAUUGCUACCUAAAUAUCCUUGGAUUCAAUUAUGGCGUCUUUUUCAGAUUCUACUCAGCAUCUUGGCCCAUAUUCCACUGCACGGUCUUCCCAAUCGCCCGUUUCUCGAGCAGAAUCACGCCGUAGAAGUGUCCCGGAAAACGUGAUCAGCCCAAAAUCGGCCAAGGAUCUGCCACCAGCUGGCCCGUCGGUUUGUCGACCACGCCGUCGAAGUCUUUUUGCCACUAUAAAGGAUAAGUUGCAUCACUCGCAUACCAACUUGCAAGCGCAGACCGAACAGGAAGAGCCAGUGCAAGGGGUUUCACAGCUGGAGAAAGGUGUGUUUUUUGAAGGAUUGAGGGGUCUGCGGAAUGAAUAUUGUUUGUUGUUUUGUAUGUUGGUUAGAUAGUUGAGGGAGCUUGAGUCUUCUUUUGAUGUUUAUUUUCACCAUUGACAACCAUAAUGUUAUUUUUGACGUUUGCCUCGGGAAACUUUUUUUUUAACUUUAUGGAAAUGCUUUUUAGAUCUUGGGUUUCCCCCGGCGAAUAAUUCUCCGCCGCUUGAUGCCUUUAUUGGCUCACCUCAUUCCAUGAUUGUUGAGUCCCAAUUCCGACGACGAAGCAAGUCCGACGCUGUUCGCCAACGAACAAUCUCAAUCAAUUCUCAACGAAACGACCCCGAAAUGGACGAAUUCAGCCGAGCCAGCACUGAAGAUGAGUGCUCUGAGAUGGAUGGCGAUGAAAACGACAAUUUGCCUAUGUAUAAGGUAGAUUAUUAAAAAAUUUUAUGAGAAAGUGUUCUGAAGGGUCUGAAAUAUAAUUUAUAAGAUGAAUUCGUUGACCGCCUGCGAACGAAAUUAAUCCGAAAGGAAGGUCAAGAUGGCCUUAUUACCACUGUGGGAAGUUAGUUUACCCUUCCUUCCAGUCUCGAGACGAUAAAUGUUCCUGUUGUUUGGAAUGCCCUACUUUGUGUACAGAAGCAAAUUAAUCCAACGCGUUUCGUGAACUUUCUUCGCAAACCCCCUUUUCCAGCUUUUUCCAUUGCCUCGCAGAGAAAUGACCGCUUUUGAGAGCGGGCGUUAUCAAAAAAAGACGGAUAUUUAAUCUAAAAUUUUACGAAUAAUAUAAUUUUCAAUUGAUAGCUAACGAUUUCAGCACGAAUUCCGCGCCCCAUCUUCUCGUCGCUCCUCGGCCAUGUACUUUCAACCGCCCAGGAUUCGAUCUCGACGGAAUUCCGAGAUCCCCGAUGAUCUCCAUUCUGUUUCUUCCAGCACUCCGGGUCGAGGAGUCAUGGUCUUGUUCUGCAAAUCCCCACCGAAUUCGUCGACUUUCUCACCAACUACUCGUAGUCGGGCUAAUAGUCGAGCGAACUCCCAGCAUGAUUUGGAUUAUGAUGGACUGACGCCGGCUCGGAAGAAUGGAAGUGAUAAUGUGGCUGAGUUUGAUCUGGAAGAUUGUAAGUUUUUUAUGAUAUAACUGGUGUACAAGGUCAAAUGAGCUUUUUUACCGUAAGAUUGUUUAUAAAGCCAGUACUGACCUUUGGAUGACUUUAAAUUAGGUUUUUUUGUAUUAUCUGUGACAUCUGACCUUCCAAAUUUUAUGAAAUUCAAUUAAUAUUGGUAGUGUUAUAUCCCGAUGAAUACUUAAUUCUGAAAUUAUUUUUUUGAAUAUAAUGUUAAAAGUUUCGGGAACAGAAAAUAUUACACUUCUCCUCUUUUCGAAUUUAUGAUCUCGAGAUUGCCUUUGGCCCUCAAGUGACGAUUCGAAUCUUUUUUCCAGUUUUUUUACGAAUACUAGUCCUUCCGGAAAGUCGCCGGACGGAAAUCGGCGACAUGCACUCUGCGAAAUCGAAAGUUCACUUUGCACUGUGCAAUUUUUGGCUUUUUGCACUGUGCAAUAAGCUUUUUCGAGCUGUCGCUCGCACCCUGAGUUUUCGUGCACAGUGCAUGUCGCCGAUUUCCGUCCGGCGACUUUCCGGAAGGACUAGUAUUGGAGGCGUUUUUUUCUUUAACGUGCUGUUUUCACCGAAAGUUUUAAUUAGAAUAGAGGGUGGUUGAUAAGUGGUGAUAACUCUGUGGAAAUCAGAUUGUUUUGAUUACUUUGUGUUGCGAACGAUAUUUUUUAAUUAUGUAUGCAGAGCUUGCGCUGAAAGUGCCUGGAAAUCGUUUGUUUUAUACGAAUCAUGAGGCUUUUCUUGUUUGAGAUACGAUUUGAAGAGGAAAUGAGGGCUAUUCACAAGUGGAAUAUCGAAUGACCCAUAUUGAAGGCUUUUGACUUGCAAAUGGCUGAAGUAUAGUGUAGUAGUGAUAAUUCUUCUUUUUGAUAUAAAAGAAAUGGGAUUUGACCUCAAAAAGGGCUGUAUUUUCCAUUAUUUUUUGUUGUUCCCGAAAUAAGCUAUUUUUAAAUUCUACAUCCAAUUUUUUGGUCUUUAAUGCCGAACUUGUCCUUAUUUAAGUAAAAAGGAAUGGAUAAUUUGCCUGAGGUCCCUUUCAAUCCCCGCCGAAUUUGGCCCUCUUUGGAUUUGUUUUCUUGAAGAACAGGCCAGUCGAUUUCAUGUAUCGUGUGAUUCAUGACAUGCGAUAUGAGGAAGUAGACAUGUUUUUGAAUUUCAAAUCGAAUUUGUGGGCUAUUUGAGGAACAUUCAGAGUAUCGGAAGUCCUAGAACAGACAGUGUCAAAAAAAUUUUUGAAUCGUUUGAAUUGUUUUAGUCUGGAAAAGAUGUGUUUUCCAUGGCCUGUUUUUUAUUUUUUUUUUAGCCCAAGAAUGUUUUUGAUGGCUUUGUUUUGUUGUUCAGUUACUGAAAGUCCUUGAAUCCCGCCGGAUAUGCUGAAUUUUUUUAGCAUUCUUUUUUCGGAGCCUCAUUUUUAGCGUUUUUUCUGUUUAAGACUAACAAAAAAACAGAUUUUGGUCAUGAAAACGUUAAAUUCAAAUUCUGGUCAUGAAAAGUGUCUAGAGAGUGGUUAAUGUUAGUGUUACAUGGUUCCUUAUCGGCGUCACUAAAAUUUCCUCUUUUUUAGCCCUUGCCGAUCUUUCCCUCUCACACGAACUCUUUGUGGACACCAGUUUGGCCAACAAUUCGUCGUCCUCGAACAGCUUCAACAUGACCAACGACGCUCCUCACACUCAUCCUGUUAACUCUACCAAUCAUGGGUCAUCUCCAUCGAAUAUUUGGAAACGAAUCAUCUCAAGGAAACGUGCCGUCUCGGCAUGUCAUGAACAGGUAAGUUGGUUAUUCAUUUUAAAAGCUUUUGCUGAUUCCGUCUCACUAUAUUUUCGUCAUUGUGACAAUUGUUUGUGUGGAGGUGCUGUAGCAUUUCUUUUUUGAUUUAUUGGAUCAGAGAACGGGCCUGAAGCAGUCUUUUUUUUCGUAUGGCCCACCUUUUGUUCCAGAGUUUUGCACCGGUCGGCCCUUUUGUCUUGAGCUUGAAGCUAAAGCCGGCAAUUUUAUUAUUCCGGGGUGCCUGCCAUGAAUCCAAUAAAUUUGAGAAUCCACUUAUUUCUCAUCCAUAUUUAUGGCCGACGAGAUUUCUCCAAUUCUCCAUGAAAUUGGAGGAGUCUUGCCGUUCGCAAGUAUGUGAAAAGAAACAAAAAGGAGUUUAAACUGGGAAUUUAAUAACGGAAUUUGAUUGUAAUAGAAGGCAUGGGAAUCUCUUCUCCCCUUUUGCAGAUGGGUUGGGAAAUUCAGAAAUUGGGUUUUGAACCUAAUGAAAAUGCUUCGAGAAGAAGUAAAACGGUUGGAAAUGGGCUUAGAGUGUCGAGAAUGAAGUUUUGAGUAUUGAUAUUGGUACAGGGUGGUAUAGAAUGAGGCUUUCAUUGUGAAUAUCGGUCUUUUGUCCCUCUCUGAUGAAUAGAAAUGUAAUUUACUCGGGUUGAUUCAUAACUUGUCACAUAAUUGUACUAUCCCUUCCGGAAAUUCGCCGGACUGAUUUUUGACUGUGCGAAAAAUGUCAAGGUGACAGCGACAGCUGAAAAAUAGUCUAUUGCACAGUACAAAGACAACCUUUGUUUUUGGACAGUGCGUGUAGCCGAUUUCAGCCGAGCGACUUUCCGAAAGGACUUGUGUGUUCCAUGAACACGGAUGUUUACAUUCAUUUCACACUUGGAUUUGGUCGUAUGCGACUUACUUCGCAUGUAAUUAGCAUACUUAGAAGUUUCGCAGAUUGUUAUUGCUUUAGAGCAGUACCGCGUUUGUUGUUGAGUUUCUUUGAAAUUAUGUUCAAACUUGGCUGUUUAAACAAAUGAAAUUUCUUUCAUUUCAAGGCUUUUUGGAUGUUUGGCUAAACGAUUUUUGUCAAAAUCUGUAUUGGUUUUUAUCGCAAUCGAGAGCUAUAGCGGUGUUUCUUGAUUAUAGAAAUGAUAUUUGUCUCGGAUUGUUAACGAAUCACACCCUGAUUGUUGCGGCUCCAUGAAUCGUGGUCUCGUUCCCAUUUGACAUUAUUUCUUCGAUAAUUCAUUGUUUUGUUUCCUUCAUCAAAAAGCAGGACUUUGUUAUUAUAUCGGGAAGAUAAUUAGCUGCUCGAAGUUCUGUUUUCAUACCCUGUGCGUCGUCACGUUCCUCACGUCCUAUGACCAUCACUCCCUUGUCCAACGUUUUUUGGCCAGACAGGCUUGUGCGUUCGUCCUUUUUACUUGACCGAGGGCGAAUUUAUAAAGUGCUUUAUCUUUCUCCCUGCUUCUAACUCACACUCUAAAGUUUUGGACUCGAGAUCCUUAAUGUUUUCGAGUUGUUUCCAGAAAUUAUGGAUGUGGUUUCGAUAGGAAACAGUGGGAUGACUUGAAUAAAAAUGAAAGGUUUCUUGAUACAGAACAUGUUAGAGUAAAGAGGUAUCAAUAGAAAGCCCUUUGAUGUAAAAAACAGCAGGGACAAUAAAAGAAUGUUGGUUUUGAAGAUAAAUGAUUCGGGCAUCUUUCGAGGAUUUUUGAAGCUGAAACAGAAAUUUGGGAAAUGAGGAAAAGGCUUUCUCUUGAAACGUGAUAUUUUUAUUCCUUUGAUGCUUAUUGCUACUGAAUUUUAGGUCUUCUUGAUUACUUUUUUUCAAUUACGCAUUCUGACGGUCGAGAACCUCAAUUCUUUUUCAAGACAUCCUAGUCUUCCCAGUCCACACCGCGUAAAGUUAUAAAGAAUCGGCUGUGUGUAGCUGAAAUGGUCUCAGACUUGUAUCAUAUGAUAUUGAGCAACUAGCACAAGAUAAAAAGCUUUUUUCGCCAAAGCUUUUUUGACACUUAUGAUCUGAGGUAUCUACUGUAAUUUCCCGUGAGAAUUAUGAGAAGAAGGCACGACCUUCCAAUUUCCACUCAUUACAUUCCUUCGCGAUUUCCUUCUUUUCUUGCUUAGGCUUUCUCAACGGCGUUUUCUUUGUGUUAUUUGAUCAAAUGACGUCACCCAACGAAGAUUUUCGCUCGCUAUUGCCUGACCCGAUCAUAGGCAGCCAUGUGAUGGCUUUGAUAACAUUAACUUGCAACCCACAGGCUUGUAAAUGUUGUACUCGGGAUUGUUUGCGGUCAGGGUGGGCUGAAAAUACUCGCCACUUUUUUGGAAGAUUUCGCCGUUUUCUUUCGUUGAUUUCAAAGAAAAACUUUGGAUGAAUAAAAGAUUGUUGACGGUUAAAGGCCUCACUUUAGCACAUGUCGUCUGAAGGGUUUGGUGUUUGUUUUCCUUUGUGGCUUUUUCAAAACAGAUCCUACUUUAUCUCGGUUCGAUGUUUUCCAUUCAAUUUAUAUGGCUUAUUCCUUGAGUCAGCCAAAAUCUUUUCCACAAUGCAUCCCUGUACCGGUUGUCCCUUAUAUUUAUGUAAAUUCGCACUCAUUUUUCACGUUUUUCAGAACCAAAACGACACUCCUCCGGAUUAUUUCUCGAGCUCCUUCAACUGCGACAGCGACCGCCAAAUGGUUUCUCCGCUGUCCGUUAACUGUAAAUUAUUUUUAAUCAAGCAUUUGUAUUAAUUUACUUUCGACUUGAUUUUGAAAAUUAUGUUGAGAAAUACUGUGAUUUGUGAUAAGUGAGCUCUCGAUUAUACUUUUUUUUGCUGUCUUGAGGGUGGUUGUCAAGAAAAAUCACCUCAUUGCUCGCUUUUUAUUGCGCGAAACUUGUCAGCUUGCCCCGUUAAGACGCUCACGAGUGUCAAUUUUAGAAACGCAGCACGAGAUUUUUAUUUAUUUACUUUGUACUCCGAAGCGGGAAAACAUAAACGAUCUAAAGGCGUCUCGAAUGUCACGUCUCUCCUUCCCUGAACAUUGAUAAUACCAUUAGUGAUUACAAAUUAAAACAAGUUUUAUUGGGGUUUUUCUGGGUCUGGCUGCCGUAAAAGGGAGUUGAAACAGUGCUACACCGAAAAGAGGACUGUUUUCGAUCUUUUGGUUGUUUUACAUUCGUGUAACGCAAUUUGAUAUUAUUAAAAUUGAUUUUUCGAUCAACUGUGUAUACUAAUUUAGGUCUUUAGACUUUUUAGGUUUUAUUUUUGCUUACAAAAAUCAAAUUCGAUGAUUUUUUCAUAGUUAGUUAUUUAGGGACACAAAACGAACAUGAGAAGUAUAAGACGACCCUUGUUUUAUGUUGUUCCAUAAUUUUAAAAGUCCUUGAUAAGCCCUUCUUUCAUGAUGAUAAGUUCGGAAGCGAAGAGCGCGCCGUCGAAUGUCAAAAGAAUUCCUUUACAUCACGCUCGCGUCUCGUUUUAAAUUUUUUUGUUCUAUCUGUACUUUGAAAGUGAAGGCGCUAAGGUAAUGGUGUCAAUUUUGGGGUUUAGAGCCCCAGAAAGUGAUGUGAAGUAUGGGAUCAUAUGUUAAAAUUUUAUGGCCUUGUUUUAGACGAAUUUGAUGAUUUUGACACGGUUUUAAUUUUAAAAAUGAGGUCAUUGUUUAAUUUUUGCACUUCCAUAUACUUUGAACCGUUUUUGUAACGGCUAUGUAGUCAGUUGAUCACAUGACACAUUACUUUUGAUUUCAUCGAUGCACUUUUGAUGGAUUGUCUUGAAAACCCCUUCCUCAAGGCAUUUUUUCGUUGAAGAGGACUUCCUGAUUAGUCUCCGGCUUCUUUACAAGCCCAAUUUUUUUCUCAGUCUCGCCUCCCGUCCAAAAAUAAAGCAUUUUUUGCGUCGAUUUUUCCAACGAUAACGACUUUCGUAAGCCUUUUCGAAAGCGAAAGGGUAGCAAACUCUCUGGGGUUUACGAGAAAAAUUCAUAAAAAAUGCUUGCUGUUUUGUUUUAUGAAUUUUGAGUGCAUCCGGACGUAUCCGGCCUCCUUUUUGAACGGAAAAACGUUUUUCUAAGGCCUAGUGUAAUAUAAUUUUUGAUAGUUUUUUUUGAAAAUUAUCAUUUGGCAAAGAUUUCUGUGAUAAUUUCAUUUUUUUUUUCUACUCGGAUUAUUUCUUUGUUAUUAUUUUUAUGAAUAUUUUUUAGUAAAAAUUUGUCUUCCGUUAGUCCAAAAAGCAACGACCACUUUUGGUCACAAAUAAAGAGAUUGUAGGUAGAAUGGGGCCGAAAGGGUAAAAUAAUUGGGCGGUUUUUUCGAGAAUAAUAAUUUUCGCUGCAUGACUACGAAUUUAGAACUCCUUCUUGUUACAAAUUUGGCCUUAAAUUCGGGUGUUUUAUGGGUUUAAAGCCUAAAAAGGGUGUAAGGCUAUGUAAUAGUAUAUUUCUUGGUAUUCGAUAUGAUUGAAAAGUGGUUUCAACUCAAAUCUUACCCAAUUUGGUACUAAAAAAUGCCAAUUUUAGCUCUCAACCGGUCCGGUGGAAACCGCACCGGCCUCCGUUCUUCGCUGCAGCCACAUAAUCCCAAUCUUCUGAACGCAUACGCCCGAAAUCGCGCUGUCAUGAUGUACUCUCAACAUAAUCAACGCUCCGUGGACUCGAAUGUGGAUCUGGCUAGGCAUGCGCUUUUAAUUAGAGAGGUUGGUUUAUCUUUUUUCAAGUUUUUGGAUUUUAGAAUGCCAGUGCUCAAAGUACAAGGAGUUAA